GCCCUUUUCACACAAACCAUACUUUACUCGUGUUGACAACAAACACAUGUGCUUUGAAUUGAUGUGAAGUUUAAAAUUUGUGAACAAUUUAUAAACAAUUUAUUUAAAUUUCAGUCAAUUAUAGCAAUCAGUUUCGGAGCCACCAAUGACUGAAGAGGAGGGCCCUCCCAAUGCCUCCAGAAGUGGACAAAAGUCCAAACGGAAGAAGUUUUUCGGCAAAAAGCGACCGAAACUUGAGUUGGCUUUUGAUUCAGACGACAGGAAAUCAUUUCUGACGGGUUUUCAGAAACGAAAAGCUGAACGAAAAUUGAAAGCAAAACACAUUUUGGACGAAGAGUUAAGGGAAGAGAAGUUAAGACAAAAACAGCGACAAAAGGAUCGCCUGAAGACUCUGUACGAAAGCCAGCGCCCGGUGCCAGACAUGCAGCACCUGUUGCCCAGUGAGGCCACUCACACAUACGAACUGCCCAAACAGAUGGUCAGUAUCACCACAUUUGACGCCAAAGAGUUGUCCUCGAGUUUGGGACUGAGUUUAGGUCACAAUCAACAGCCGGUGACCACUGAUGACCAGUCCAGUGAUGAUGAGAACAAUAAGGGCAGUGGUGGUAGCGGUGAUGAUAGUGAUGGCGCCGGUGGUGAGGGUCUACAGCAGCGGAUACUGAACGCCAGGAAAGCGAACAAAAAAGAAAGCGCGAAGAGUUUGAAGACUAAUAAAGCGUUUCAAAUGCGGGAACAAAUGAAACACAAAAAGGAUUUAUCGAAAUCCAAACUCCAGAGGAAAUUGAGGCGAAAAGAGAUGAAAAAUAUGAAACAGAAGACAAUUCUGAAGCGUCAGCUCAAGAAUCGCAAGAAUAAUAAGAAUAAACGAAAGUCGUCGAGGAAUAAGCACAAGAAGUCGUGA